AUGGCAGACAGUGGGGACGUCACGAAGUUCGAGGAGGAAGACGCAAGGGGACCGCUCCCGAAUGAAGUUACAAGGUCACCCUCCGACUCAGAACGCAGGAAAAAGCAUAUGAAGAAGAACACGCAACCUCACUCUAUGGGCUCUCCGUCGGGAGAGUCAGACAAAGAGAGAUCAAGGGGGACACACAAACGAGCUGAUGGAGACAACGGAGCCUCAGAGUCAAUCGCUGAGGAAGAGCCCCAAAAUAAGCCCGCCAAAAUAAAGAAGAAGAAGAAGAAAUCAGCUGUUGUUAUUGAGGACAGAGACGUAUGCAGAGAAGAGCCAAGAACUAGUGCAGGGGCCACUGAGGCCCCCAAGCCACGCAAAUCGACUCUCCUGCUCUGUGACAACGCAGCGGCGGUAGCCCUAGGAAAUCUCGUGGCGAUUCAGGCAUUAAUAUGUGCCAUUCUUCGCUUUUUACAGCAGGGGCUUAUAUCGAGUGUGGAGGGAAAAGACGAGGCGGACGGAAUCGAGUGGGUAGAGGAGAUGGACGACGAGGAAACAGAAAAGAUUAUAGCCAAGUUAGAUGCGUCAGAGCGGCGCAUUGCAGAGCUGAGGAACGACCUGUUUGCCAGUACCACUAAACCCCUGGAAAUUUACUUCGAAGAACUUGAACAUUUGACGCAAGGCGACGCACUCAUUAUUGGAGUUGCCAACGAGAAUGACGUUCUAGCAAUCGAACAAAAAGAAGCCCACGUCAAAAUAGCCGCGUGCGUUGCAAGACAAAAAGAGUUGCAGGAGCAGCAACAGCGCCUGUUGUUGCAUGAACAAGUUAUUCGCAAGCGGAUUUUGGAAGAAAUCGAAAGGAAGGAGGCAAAGCUCAGGGUUCUUCAGCGACAGGCAGAAAAACAAGAUCUUGCAAGACAGAAUCACCUGGUAAAGUUGGUCAGGGAGUGUGAGUGCCGCAUGGAGGCACGUAUGGCACGGCGUGAAGCGCGACUCUCUGCUGUCUACGGCCUCUUGAAGAAGGACGGGGAAUAUAGUGCCGACAUGACACAACCAGAAAAAGCCGCAAUGUCCAAAAACCACAACUUUGUUCCCCUUGGAAAGUUGUAUCGCGUUGAGUGGCUACGAGCUCCGCAGCCAGUAAAAAUGUCUAUUGACUUUUGUCGUGGCCUUAAAGACAAAGUGCCCCCCGGCCGAUACAUCAUGUCGGUCUCGAUUUGGACGCGCAUUGGCGGCACUCGGCUUCGCUGGAGCGGCCUCCAGUCAGUAGGGCAGAAAAUGUUGCAGGAGGUGCUUGAGAAACGGAAAGAUACCGCGUCCUUCUCGACUUUUUCAGAAUCCACAGCAGAUGAACAAGAAGUUAUCUGUGCUGGAGGAACAUCGGGAGUCACGACACCGAUCGAAUUCGGAGGGACAUUUAAAGAUGAAUGCCUCAGGUUGGACGAUACAAUUGUAUUGGUCUGCCCCUCGGAGAUCGAUGUACAGCCCGGAAUGUGCUUUGUUUUUGAACUGUUUUUACUGCGGGGUCAACACUCUCCAGUCGACAAGGUCGUAGGUUGGGGCGCUUUUCCCUUAGUGGACUCGGACUUUCGGAUUAUUGAAGGAAGCUAUAAGGUGUUGAUACUCUUUGUCAUGUUUCCUCCAGCCUGGAGCCAACUGCCAGCUUAUGUUCCUCUACUGCGGGGGCCGGUAGAUCCUUCGAUUCGUCGCUAUAUUGAUAUAGAGCACACAAUAGGAACCAGCCUCGACUGCUGGCUGUGCCACUUGUACUUCCGCUGUCAACUGCUGCCCAAGUACAGCAAAGGGCAUAUUGAGUUUGAACUUCAACUCGAGCACGCAGCAGCCCUGAUCGGGGGAAGGAAAAACGACACUCAUGGCAACAAGGCACAACAGCAUCGUCAAUUUUGGGGGGCGUCACUGGAGCGUGCGAAGGCUGACGACCUUUUACAACAACUUGUAUGCGCCCUCCAGGCGUGCGAAGAAAUGAAAUCAGCUCGUGCAGACCCUGCACCCAUCGUUUCCAAGGAUGGAGUCCGUGCUUGGCGGCAUAGGGAGUCGACUGAAACUCUAGAGUCCAUCGCAGAUCUCAACGCAGUUCCUAAUUAUAGGUAUUCAGUCUACUGUGGCAUGACAUUGUCGCACCCCAGUGAGGCCUCGCGGAAGCUGAAGUACUUGAAAAGCUCCUUGUUAGACGACUUUAGACCAUCUUUAGACACAAGAGAAAACUGCACACUAGCCGGCGCCCUACUAUGCGUAGUCCUGGCCAUUUGGUGCUGUAGUCUCGUUUUUGGUUCGGGAACAUGGCUGUUUCUCCGCGCAAUCCAGGUCCCAGUGUACGAAAUCGAAUUAAGUGCCUUUUACGUUCGACUUGAAUUUGUCCAGGAUGUGCUGGCGCUCAGUCAGGUCAUUGGCACAUCAGUGGCUGGCCCGCUUGCGUGUUUCAUUGUCUUUGUACUCGCCUCAGCAGUUUUGCACGUUGCGAAUGUAACUCUGGGAAGACAGCCUUACCCAGUUUAUCAAUUUCUUAGUGCGUUGGGUGCCGCUACUGCCCUUAGCCCCAUCCUCAUGCUUACUAUUGAGGCAAUUAAAGGCGAAUGGAGAGGUACUUCAUUCAUGCUGUUUAGCUACUACAAGCGAGAUGUCAACAGCGGGACUUUCGGAGUCAUUAUAAAGCUGGUCAUCGACUUGGUUUGCAUGGGCCUGAGCACGCUUGUACGUAAUUCGUGUGCCUUCUACGGAUAUGCAAUAUGGAUUCACCGUCAAGGGCAAGUGAGUGACACACAUAGGAGGCUAACAGGGGAUGAUUCGCUGUUUCAUUUGCCUCUGGACGUUGAAGUGUCGGAGAGAUACUUGAUGCGCUGCUGCGAGAACGCAAGCCAAUAUAUAGGCUCCGGAGGGGAAAUCCGAAGCCUUAGAAUAACUCACUACCCAGUUACGGAGGUCCAGGAAGCCCUUAACGUGACCACAACAGAGUGGAAAUAUCUGAGUGAAGGGAAAAAGCAGCAUGACGCCGACCUUAUAACUGAGCUGGCGAUAUACACCGUGAACUCUAAGGCAGGAACACAAGCACUCCUUUUGCCUUUACAACCAGUGUCUAGAGUAAGAAGACCUUGCAAAGAAGCGUUUAUGGGAAUAGACACUCCACGGCCCAUCUUAGACUCGGGUUGCAGCGGAGACCGACUAAAAGUCAUGAAUUUGAAUGACACAUCUAAACAGCUUUUCCCUGCCCUAUUCGGCUAUAGAUGGCGAGAGCAGAAUUUUAAGCCCCCGAUUGAAGCAGCGAGAGAAAGGUACACUCCAUACGGCUCGCAAAGCCACAAUCGUCACCAGUUUGCAAAGGAUUCGACCUUGACAUAA